UAUGUGGUCAUACUCUCCAUCAUGACUGUCUUGAAAAAAGUAACAGAGAUAAGCAAAAAACUUGCCCCAUUUGUUUCGUAGAUAAUGAAGGAAUGGCAUCAGCUGAAGUUCAGAAUGUAGAUAUUUUAGAGGCAGUGGAAGAUGAAGGUGAAGAAACUUCUAAUCCAAUGGGGGUGGUAAUACAAGGUUUAAUAAAAGAACUAUUUAUGCCAAGUGAGCCGAUUGAUAAUAACAAUAGAGGAAAUAAGAGCAAAGAAUCAAAACCAAUAACUUUACUCUAG